AUGGAGACGAAGGGCUACCAGUGCCGCAGCAGCCGCUACAUCGAGAGCGGGCAGUCGGCCGUGCCCAGCUCGGUGCUGUUCGCCGCCGGGCUUUUGGGGAACGUCCUGGCCUUGCUGCUGCUGGGUCAGCACCGGCGGCGUUCCCGGUCCCCCGGGGGCCGCCCGCCGCGGGUCUCGGCGUUCUACGUGCUGGUGACCGUGCUGGCCGUCACCGACCUGCUGGGCAAGUGCCUGCUCAGCCCCAUCGUGCUGGCCGCCUACGCCUACAACCGCAGCCUCAGCGAGCUGGGGCCGGGCGGGCGCGGCGAGGACGAGCCGGGCGUCCUGUGCCAGCUCUUCGCCUUCCUCAUGGCCUUCUUCGGGCUGGCCCCCACCCUGCUGCUGCUGGCCAUGGCGCUGGAGUGCUGGCUGUCGCUGGGGCACCCCUACUUCUACCGGCGGCACCUCACCCGCCGGCUGGGGGUCGCGCUGGGGCCGGCGGCGGGCGGGCUGUGCGCGCUGUUCUGCGCCCUGCCCCUGCUGGGCUUCGGGGUGCCCAUGCAGUACUGCCCGGGCACAUGGUGCUUCAUCCGCAUGGCCGGCGGGGGCCCGCGGGAGCUGGGCUUCCCCGUGCUCUACGCCGGCCUCAUGGGGCUGCUGGUGGUGGCCAUCGGCGCCUGCAACGUGAGCAGCAUGAGGCACCUGUACGGCAUGGCCCGCCGGCAGCCCCGCAGAGGGGCACCCCCAGCCGCCGCCGCCCCCCGCAUGGAGGAGCUCGACCACCUCGUCCUGCUCGGGCUCAUGACCGUCCUCUUCACCGUCUGCUCCCUGCCGCUCAUCAUCCGGGCGUACAUGGGGGCCUUCGCCGCCGACAUCAACGAGAACGCCGAUCUCAGCGCCCUGCGGUUCCUCUCCGUGAACUCCAUCGUGGAUCCCUGGGUCUUCAUCAUCUUCCGCACCUCCGUGUUCCGCUCGUUCGUCCGCAGGGUUUGCCGGAGGCUCCACUCCCGCAAAUCCAGCCUGAAAGGGUCCGGCCUGGGCGGUGACGGCCAGUUCUGUCCCCCGGGCUGGCGCAGGACAGACCCGCCGCGGCUCGGCAUCCCCUGA